AUGAGGUUACUAGAAUCGCAGGCCGUUAAUUCCUUGGCCGCUUUCCACGGCCCGGCGCCCGCCCGCGCCGUGGUUCGAGGACCUCCAGGCUGCCGCCGGGACGGCUCCGGGCUGGCGGCGGGGCCGCCCCGAGCGGCAACUUUCGGCCCCGGGCCUCAGCCGCCCGGUCGCUCACGGAAGCUAGGGGAGAUGCUGGUGGCAGCGGAGCUGAGGGGCCGGCGGGCGGGGCGGCGGUUGAGCGCGGCGUUGGUGCCACCUACCGGCACGGACGCGUCGCAGCAGCCCGGCCCCGUCAGUGCCGACACCUUCCCCGCCAGGCUGCGGCGGCUGGUCAACAGCCCGCGCUGCCGCUCCGUUCGCUGGGGCGCCUCCGGCCGGGGGCUGGUCAUCAACCAGCCGCGCUGUGAGUGCGAGCUGCUGGGCGCCGGGCCGGCCGUCGCCGCGCAGCCGGGUGGCCGUGGGGCAGCGGCAGCCGCCGGUUUCUUCAAGACCACGAACUUCAGCAGCUUCAUGCGACAGCUCGGUCUCCAUGGCUUCCGCAAGGUGGGGGUGUUGCCGGGGAGCAGUGUGCUGGGGCCGGGCCCAGAGGGUGGACAAGGCAACGGUGGCAACGGCACCGGGCCCCUGCAUCGCUUCCGCAGCCCCCACUUUUGCCGCGACCGCCACGACCUCCUCGUCCACCUGAAGCGCCUGACGAAGGGCAACAAGGCGAAGAUGGCAGCGGGCCUGGAUGUGACCAGCCGCCCACCCAACCGCUUCCAGCGCUUGCUUGGCACGCCACUGAACGGGCAGCCGCUGCCUCCGCCCUCGACGCUCAGCAAUGCCAACAGGCCUGGUGAGUCGGAGGGGGCCGUGUGGGGCCUUGCUGAUACAGCAACGUGUUGGUUCAGCGCAACGAUCGGAGAAGACUUCAACAGCCUUUUUGUGGCUGGCUCCUGGACCCGGGUGAUGCACCCCGUGGGUGCAGAGCUGUAA